GGCUAUAACCAUUAAGUGUCACGCAAAGUUAAUCAUCUACAUCAUCAAAUUUGCUUCACGUUAAGAUAACUUUAUACACUUUUGGGGUCGCUCUGAGUUGUACAGCUGUUCAACAAAACAACACUUAAGCCAUGACGAUUGUAAACUCCCAUAAUGACUGGGAUCCUUUGGAAGAAAUCAUAAUUGGAGUAUCAGACUUCUGGUGUGUACCCAGCGAGGAACCAGGAUUUAAACCCCCUCAGAGGUCAGGGAAGCGAAGUGAUGAGCAUAUAGAUAAAGCAGCUAUCCAAAUGGACAACUUAGAGAGGGUUCUUACAUCCCAGUGUAAUGUCACAGUCAGAAGACCGGAAAAAAUCGAUUUUACACAACCAGCGAAGACACCGUUCUUUUCACUUGCGCAUCAACAUGGAGCUUCCUGUCCACGUGACACCCUGUUGGUAAUAGGAAAUGAGAUUAUGGAAACCACAAUGAGCAGACGAGCUCGAUAUUUUGAGUCCAUGGCAUACAGGAAAAUCAUGAACGAUUACUUCGAAAAGGAUAAAGAAAUGUUAUGGACGAUGGUUCCGAAACCAACCAUGGCAGAUGAUAUGUAUAAUGUAGACUUUCCGUGGGACAUCAAUUGUCAGGAACGUAAACAAUGGAUACGGAAUUAUAAAUAUCAAAUCAAUGAAACAGAACCGUUGUUUGACGCUGCAGAAGUAUUGAGACUAGGGAAAGAUCUGAUAGUACAGCAGAGCACCACAGCUAAUAAGAAAGGCAUCGAAUGGCUGAGACGUCACGUGAAAUCUCGUGGUUAUCGUGUGCACGAGAUUCACUUUCCUGACGAUUUAUAUCCAAUUCAUAUAGACAGUACAUUGGCUCCUCUUGUACCGCCUACAAAAGAGAGAAAAGGUAUCCUCGUCAAUUGCCCAGAGAGACCAAUCGCUAAGGAAGAUAAAGAGAGAAUUUUCGAAGGGUCUAAUUGGGAAAUAAUUGAUGCUCCACCUCCUAACAACAUGACUGUACCUGAUCUCUGUAUGUCCAGUGCCUGGUUAAGUAUGAAUAUGUUAUUAGUCGGACCAGAUAGAGCUGUUGUUGAGGAAACUGAAAUACCUACCAUCAACUUUCUAGAGUCAUUAGGUAUAAAAUGUAUACGUGUGCCAUAUAGAGAUUGUUACAGAUUUGGUGGAGGCCUUCACUGUCAUACAUUAGACGUCCGACGAAGAGGUGAAUGCUACAAUUACUUUCCAAAUAUGGACAGUAAUGAAAAUCAUAUAGCAGACACCCGUGCAUGAUUAGGCAUUUAUUUUUCUUCCAACAUAUUUAAUGGCAACAGUUAUAUACCGCUGUUUACCUGUAUAAGAAAACAUAACCUUAAACAUAUAUUAAAUAUUGUAACUGGCAGAAACCACACAGAAUUAAUACUUAAAUAUCCCAAAACUGAAACAGAAAGAAAACUUUAGCUGAACAUGACUUAACUGUCUCGUUGGUCUUAUCAUAACAAUGUUGCCUACGGAGUGGAAAGUUCGCUUUGUUUGAUCACAUUGUACAAACUAAUGACUUUAAAAUAAGAUUAUGCUGCUUCUAUAGACACAGGGAAUUUUUGUUAACCUUUAUUUAGCAUGAAGUAGAACUACAUUUUCAUCCUUAAACCUUUUUUUAAGUUGUAAGUUGAUGAAAUACAAGAAGAUGUUUGUCCCGAUCAUGGUUUUACUGGCAGAUUUUAUUUCUACAUUUCUCUACAUCACAUUGUUAACGUUUAUUCUAUUCUUAAAUGACAUUCGUUAUGCGCAUGUCCAAAGCAAAAAAAAUGUGGUUAUUAUUGCUGUAUAUAUAAUGUCUUACUUGUGCAACUUAAUAAGUAUGGAACACAUCAAAUUAGCAUUAUAUUUCAUUGUCAUUAAUUUCUAAAUGAAGAGGAAAGAAUCCUCGAUACGAUAAGAAUGAUGUGGUAAAAAUAAAACAUUAACAUUAUGUUUCAACUUACAAGUUAAAGAAUUGUA